UUGGCGGACUGUGUUAAUGUCUGCCUACUCAUUGGUAAGGUGUGUGUCCCCUGUGUCCGCUUCGGUCGCCCGUUUAGGAAUGCACUCUAUGGCACUGACGCUUGUGUAAAUCACGAGGAAGGCGCGUUAGGAACGAAUUCGCUAUUUUCGGCGCUUGCGCUGUGAUUUUCAUCCGUCGGUUGACAAACAUCGGAGCCUGCGCCGUAUUUGUCGAUGCAUUGAUAGCUAGCCAGCUAGUUAGCAGGAGAACUAGCCCAUUCGGUGGCUAGCCAGCCAGCACGCAUUCUGAGCUUUCAUUACCGAGCGCUCAAUAAGUUCAGGUUCUUCAACCGGACCGCCUACUGUGCGCAUACUGGUGUAUUUAUUAGCUAAUUAACGUUACUCGAUCAGCAAACAGAGGGACUCGAGGGGGGCAGGGAGAGAACGACGGAGGCGCGGUGAGCCAGGAGCGGCCGAUGAGUUCAGACCAGGGCGGAGAGCCGCAGCUGCAGGAGGAGGCUGAGCCGGGACCCAAACCCCGUGGGGAGGACGAGAUCACACCCGGGACCGGGGGAGACUCAGGCGUCAUGGUCACUGCUAAAGGAGCUGGUCUGAACCCUAAUGCCAAGGUGUGGCAGGAGAUCCCUGCAACACAAAGUGAAGCUCCUGUGGAUGGCACUGUGGCCUCCCCCUGGUCCCAGAACAAUACAGCUGAAGAUAACUCUGUAGGUAAACAGUACACACCUGGCUUCUCCACUCCUGUGGACAACAGCACCGCUAGUACUGUAGUAGGUGUGGUGAACGAUAUGGACCCCCCUGACCAAAGGUUCCCGGUUUCUGAGCACACUACAGCAACUAAUGUGGAGUCCAAGCUCCCUGAGGAACAGCCUGUCUCUCAAGAGACUUUGCGUGAGUCUCUCAAAAAAGAAUUGGAGUUCUGUUUCUCCAGGGAGAACUUAUCUAAGGAUCUUUACCUAAUAUCUCAAAUGGACAGUGACCAGUUUGUCCCUAUUUGGACUAUUGCCAGCAUAGAAGGAAUCAAGGUCCUCACAACUGACACGGACCUCAUCUUGGAUGUCCUCAGAUCAUCUCCGAUGGUUCAAGUUGACGAAAAAGGGGAAAAGGUGCGGCCAAAUCACAAGCGAUGCAUCAUCAUUCUGCGAGAAGUCCCUGAAACAACACCUGUUGAGGAAGUGGAAGCCUUGUUUAAGAAUGACAACUGUCCCAAGGUAAUAAGCGUGGAGUUUGCACACAACAACAACUGGUACAUUACAUUCCAGUCGGAUACAGACGCUCAACAGGCAUACAAAUAUUUAAGGGAAGAAGUGAAGACAUUUCAGGGAAAACCAAUCAUGGCCAGAAUAAAAGCCAUCAACACGUUCUUUGCGAAGAAUGGUUACCGCAGCCUGGACUGCAGUGUGUAUCCUCAGCAAUCUCACACUCAGUCCCAGUACAGCUCCCCUCUCUUCAUGCAGCCUGUUUACAGCCCCCAGCAGCAGUACCCACUCUACGGCAUAGUACCUCCUACCUGGACGCCAUCUCCGACUCCAUACUUUGAGACACCCCUCGCACCUUUUCCCAACAGUGGUUUUGUCAAUGGAUUUAGCUCACCUGGACACUACAAAAUUGGCUCAACUUCUCUCAACCUUAGCCGUCCCUUUAGCAGGAACCGUGUUCCACUCUAUUCAAGAAAGAAUGUAAUAAAUGCCUUCAGGAACCAUGUGAAGCCUCAGACGAGGGCUAAUGAUGGGCUGUCUUCCACUGUGUCUCUGGUGGCUCUUGUGGAUGGGUUGUCUGGCCUGCACAGUCCCCAGCCUCCAUCCAGCGCCGGGCCAGUGCUGUCAUCCACUGAGCUCAACUCAUCCUUUCCACACCUAGCUUCCAAUGAUCCAACUGAUGAUGGUACCAUGGCGGGACGUGGAAGGAGAACAACAUACAGAGGCACUCGAAGGCGGCGAGAGGAUGAUCGCACAACAAGAUCAGUUCCCCUGUCUCAAGUGAAGGUCCCACCCCCCAAGUUUGACCUGGCUGCCUCCAACUUCCCUCCGCUGCCUGGCUGCUCUGCCAGUCCGCAGGGGGAGCCUGUGCUGGAGAACCGGCUCUCUGAUGUUGUACGGGGCCUGAAUAGGGAAAAGCAGGAUUCAAACAAAGAGUCCGCUGCGAGUCCCGCAGGCCCAGCCUCAGAGGAGACCUUCUCUAGGCCCACCCAGCCUGUAGCCAAGAUGACUGCUCACGUCCCUGAUCCCGUGACCUCCAGCUCCAACCACCUGGAGAAGAAACCAGAGAAGGUGGAGCCUCCGGUUUAUAAAGAGACGUCUGUGACCUCUGGCCCCGUUGCAGCCAUGCCACCCACCCCUGCCCCAACAGCACCUGGUCCAAAGCCUCAGGCCAGCUCGGCCACACCUGCAGCCACCCCCCAAUCUAACACUGCCCCCUCCAGUACUCCUGCGCUGGAACCUCGCAAGCUCAGUUACGCUGAAGUAUGUCAGCGACCACCUAAGGAUCCCCCUCCUUCAGCAUCCACUUCCAGCCCCAACAAUGCAAGCACGCAGCCUCUGAGAGAGCUGCGCGUCAACAAGGUGGAGGAGCAGCAGCCCUCCAGCCCUGCAAACAAACAGGAGCGGCCUCAGGAAACGGGGGGAAACUGCAAGGCCAGGGAGGGCCGACCGGCCCGUGACUCCCAGGGCUUUUCUCGCAGCAAUGGACCCCCCAGAACCAGUGCAGGGGGGUUCAAACUACGGGAGCAACAGAGACGCCCUCCUUUCGGCCAUCGCGGUUCCCCCCAGGGAGGUUCCAGACACACUGGGAAAGAGCAGAACAUCCCCCCCAUAUCGCCAAAGUAAAGACUCUAAACAGAAAUCCUUAAUGUAUGAAUAUUUACACACGC